AUGACUAAUAUUAAUCCUGAGUUCUACUUUAAUUCAGGCACACUUCUCAAAGCUGUCAAUAUGCCUGAUCCGGAUCUCAUUAUUUCGAGUAAUUGUCUCGAAAUUUAUGGAAACAGUGUAAGUGACUAUUGCUUUUUACAUUCAAAAGAAACAUUACGAUCAUUCAGGUUCGAUCCAAAUCCUCAACUUACAACAAUUGGUAAGUACUCUUUUUACAAUUGUUCAAAAUUACAACGAAUUGAUCUUUCAUUAUGUUUGAAACUUACAGUUUUAGGUGAAAGUGCUUUUUCUUACUGCACAUCAGUUACAGAACUAUUUCUUCCAGAAGGGCUCCAAUAUAUUAAAAAUAACGCAUUUUCACAAACAUCAAUACAAUCAGUUGAAAUUCCAACGACUGUUAUUGAUAUUUUAGAUAAUGGACUUGGACUUAUUAAUACUUUAACAUCAAUUACUUUCAAAGAAGGAUCUAAACUUCGAUCACUUUCAAAUAAUGCAUUCUCAUGGACAAAAUUAGUUGAAUUUAAAGUCCCAGAAUCAGUCCAAUCAAUUGUUGGAACAUUUGUAGGUGAAGUUGAUACAUUGACAAUUAUCCGUGUUCAUCAAAACAAUAAAUAUUUUGUCAGUGAUAAUUAUGCAGUAUACACCAAAGAUUAUUCACAAAUUCUAGUUUUUGCCGCAAAUUCAAAUUCAACAUACAAUAUCAAUCCUAAAGUUACAUCCAUUAAGCAUGGAGCUUUUGCUAAGGCAAAAUGUACAUCUAUUACAAUCCCUCCAAGUGUUACAUUAAUAGAAGGAUAUGCAUUUUAUUUUACCUCUAAUCUCAAACAAAUUACAUUGCCUCCAAACAUAACUGCAAUUAAUGAUUAUUGCUUUUAUUGUUCAGGUUUAACAUCAAUUGAUAUACCUGAAAAAGUAACUCAGAUUGGUGUUGGUGCGUUUGCAGGUUGUGAUUUCUUGAAAACAAUCCUUCUUCCAGGAAAUCUUACUGAGGUUGGUGGAGGUGCAUUUCCGUCAAAUUCAAAUAUUAAUUUUACUUUCAAAGGUGAUUCUCAAAUUAUGAUUGACAGCCAAAUGCUAAUCAUGGCUAAAGAUAAUUCGUCAAUAUCGUUAUUACUUGAUUCAUCACAGGCAUCAAUUAACAUUCCAAGUCAAGUUAAAAGAAUUAAAUUAUCAGCAUUUAAUAAUAAACAGAAUCUAAUUUCUAUUACUUGUGAUGGAACAUCUGAACUAGAAAUUAUUGAAGAAGGUGCAUUUGCAUAUUGUUCUAGUUUGACAUCAAUUCCAUAUUUCCCAAAACUUAAAGAAAUCGGUAACAUGGCAUUCUUUCAAACAAAACUUUCAUCUCAAUUUAUAUCUCCAGCAAGCUUUGCAUAUCUUGGUAAUAAUGCUUUUUCCCAAGUAACAACAUUACCAAGUGUCACAUUUUCAUCAACUGUUAGUAAAUUGACUAUUCAAGAUUCUGCGUUUGCCGGAUGUACAUCUUUGAGAACUGUAUCGUUCGAUGAGUGUACGUGUGAUAUUUUCAUCGGACAAAAUGUUUUCUCAGGAUGUACAUCUCUCGCGACAUUCAAUGUCAUCAAUCAUAUCAAAUCGAUUGACUCCGGAAGUUUCAUGAACAGCGGACUUAUCACUAUCACAUUCGAAGGGAGCAAGACAUCGUUCGACACACUUCCAUCUAUGCUUUUUAAGGGAUGUUCAAAUCUUAACGAAGUCAGCAUCCCGAACAACAUCAUCUCUAUCGGUAGCGAGUGCUUCAGUGGAACAUCUAUCACACGUGCCAGUCUUCCAGACAGCGUCGAAUCUCUUUAUUCAGAGUGCUUCAAGGGCUGCACUAAUCUUGAGCGUGUCGACAUCUUUUCUAGUUGCAAUCUUUCAAAGGUAUUCCCAGGAAUCUUCGAAGGCUGCACAUCUCUGUCAUACAUCAGCGACUUCACCAGCGAAAACCUUGUUUGUCACAACAGCACUAUCUACAGCAAAGAUUUCAGCCGCGUUUACCUGCACGCUCCUGCGUGCCGAGACAACUACAUCAGCUUCGACCGUCGUCUGAACAGUGUUGCAGACAGCGCAUUCAUCAACAGUGCAUACAUCGAGAUUGUUGUCUUUGUCGACAACAGUGUUAGCAGCAUCGGCCGUCGUGCAUUUGAAUCAUGUAUUCGUCUUAAGCAGAUCAGCAUUCCAUCCAGUGUCUCAUCGAUUGGUGACAAUGCAUUCAUUAACUGCAUCAGUCUUAAAUGUGGUGUUCUUUUCCAGAACAAGACACAAAGAUUCGUCGAUAUUCUCACAUCAAGUGGUCUUCCCAAGACAUCUCUCGUCACAUGUCAAGCAUUCAGCUGCAGACCACAACAGAUACUGAACAUUCCUAUUCCAACUAUUCUAUUUACUGUUUUUAUUCUCAUGUAA